CUUAGAAAAAAAAUCGUGCUUUCUUUUAGAGGUGGAUCUUGUUCUUAUCCCCUCUUUUCACUACUUUCUUCUUCGUUAGUUCUUUACUCCAUUACUAGGGUUUCUUUCUCUGUUCAGUAGAAAUGGCUGAUGUUGAAUACAGAUGUUUUGUUGGUGGACUUGCCUGGGCUACCAAUGACGAUUCACUAACCAAAGCUUUCAGUACUUUUGGAGAUGUCGUUGAAUCUAAGAUCAUCAAUGACCGUGAGACUGGAAGAUCCAGGGGUUUUGGGUUCGUCACUUUCGCUAACGAACAAUCCAUGAGAGAUGCCAUUGAAGGAAUGAACGGACAGAACCUUGACGGCCGUAACAUCACUGUAAACGAAGCUCAAUCACGAGGGAGUGGUGGCGGUGGCGGUGGAGGCGGUGGCUUCCGCAGCGGUGGUGGUGGUGGAGGAUACGGUCAGCGUCGUGAAGGCGGUGGUGGUGGCUACGGUCAACGUCGUGAAGGCGGUGGUGGUGGUUAUGGAGGUGACAGAGGAAGCGGUGGUGGCGGCUACGGUGGUGGUGGUGGCGGCCGUUCAGAAGGCAGCUGGAGGAGUUAGGGUUUUGAUUCCCUAGUUAAAAUAAGACCCUUAGGGGUUUAUCUUUUUUAAUUUCAGUCGAGUUUGGUGUUAGUUAUGUUCUGGUUCUUGUUCUUGGUUCUAGGUAGUGUUUGAUGAUCUUUGAGUCCUUCUCUAUGGUUGAUGGUUCAUGGUGUUACUGGUUCACUUUUGGGAUCUGUACUUUGUUCGGAUCUCUAUGAUCUUGUGUGAUAACGAUGCAAAGAAUAGCAACAGAGAUUAGUAGAGAUAUCUUUUUCAUUUUGCGCUUUC